AUGCCUGUCACUUCUCGCAGGUCGUCUGCAUUGCCACCGCCCUCUCCCGCCACUUCGCCUCGGAAGCGCCAUCCUCUGGCUGAGGAGACCAAUCUCAACAUGAAACAGUCGCGAUCGCAGGCCGAUUUGGGCCCCCAGCAGCAGCAGCGCAAGAGGAUCAAGCGGUCGCCUUCCCAAGACGCUCUUCCCUCUUCAUCCCCGCCAUCCGCCUCGCAGGACGCAGAGACUCGAACUCCACGCCAGACUCGCAGCCAGAACGGUCCUAGCUCCAGCUCGCCAGUCAAGCGCAGAAGAACGUCGCCAGAACUAACACCGAACGCCAACGGCUCCCCCUCGCGUCCACGUCGGUCCGCUGCCAAUGCACACAGCGCGUCCCAAACCAACGGCACUCGAGCGCCGGAGACAGAUGACGAGCUAUCCGACAACGACGAAGAAGAAUCCCUGGACGCCGAGCAAGACGAUGCACCCUCGGCUGCUGCCGACUCGGCACAUGCCGCCGACGCAGAUCACCGCCAGGAUCGCUCGCCAGACGGCUACCUGCCCGGCGCCAUCCGCCGCAUCGCGCUCUCCAACUUUCUCACCUACGACUCGGUCGAAUUCCACGUCGGGCCCUACCUCAACCUCAUCUGCGGCCCCAACGGCACCGGCAAGAGCAGUAUCGCCUGUGCCAUCGCGCUCGGCCUCGGCGGCGCACCCGCCCUGCUCGGUCGCGCCUCGCAGCUCGGCUCGUUCGUCAAGCGCGGCGAGACGCAAGGCUGGAUCGAGAUCGAGCUGCAAGCCGCGCCCGGCGACACCAACCCCAUCAUCAAACGCACCCUCACCACCGCCAGCAACAAGAGCGACUGGUUCCUCAACCGCCGCGCCUCCACCAAGAACGCCGUGCUCGAGGCGGUGGCCGAGUUCAAAAUCGACGUGGCCAACCUGUGCUCCUUCCUGCCCCAGGACAAGGUGCACGAGUUUGCCAAGAUGACCGACGCCAAGCGGCUCGUCGAGACCGAAAAGGCGGUCGGCGGAGAGCGCCUCGUGCGCUGGCACGCCAAGCUCAGCGCGCAAGGCAAGCAGGCCGCCGAGAUCGCCACCAAGCUCAAGGAGAGGCAGGACGAAAAGGCGCACCUCGAACAGCGCAACCAGGCGCUCCAGGUGGACGUCCAGCGAUUCGAGGAGCGCAAGCAGAUCCAGGAGCGCAUCGAGCGCCUCGAAGUCAUGCUCGCCAUGGCCGACUACAACCGCACCAAGCGCAACGUACAGGAACUCCAGCAGGAGCGCGAUGCGCGUCGCCAGCAGCUCGCCGAGAUUGCGCAGCGCGGCCAGCCCGUGCGCCAGAAACGCACCGAGCUCGAGGAAAAGACGACCAAGCUCAACCUCGAGCUGGAGCGCCUCGAGAGCGUGUAUGCCAGCGACGACAAGAAGCGGCGCAGCCUCGCCAAGACCGUCGAGGAGCUCGGCGGCGAGAUCGAGACCAAGCUCACCGAGGUGGGCAUGCUCAACCGCAAGGACGAGGACCGCACGCGGCGCCUCGCCGAGCUGCGCAGGGAGAUCGCCGAGCGCUCCGCGAGUCUGGGCGACGAGCCGGGUGCGCAGGAUACGGCCGAGGUGGAGGCGGCCAUGCGCGCCGUGCGCGCCAAGCAGGACGACUGCUCGACGCGCUGCAACGACAUGCAGCGCCAGCUGCAGGACGUGCGCGUCGAGAGCCAGACGAUCGACCGCGGCAUGCACAACUACCGCGAGCAGCUGGCGCAGCUCGACAAUGUGCCGCAGCAGCGUCUGGAGAAGAUCCGGUCGGCGGACGAGCACGUGUACCGUGCGACCAUGUGGCUGCGCGAGAACCAGCACCGCUUCCGCAAGCGCGUGCACGAGCCCGUGCUGCUCGAGAUUGCGCUCAAGGACCAGCGGUAUGCGGCGGCGGUGGAGUCGUGCAUCCCGUGGGUGGUGCAAAAGUCGUUUGUGUGCCAGACGCGCGAGGACUACGACACGUUUACGCGCGAGCUCAUCGACACACAAAGGCUGCGCAUCACCGUCGCCGAGGUGGAGGGCAUCGCGCUCGACAGCAUGCGGCCCGAUGUGCCGCGCGAGCAGCUGGCGGGCGUGGGCUUCGAGUCGUACGUGAUCGACCUGAUCGACGGGCCCGAGGACGUGCUGGUGCAUCUGUGCCGACAGUCGCAUCUGCACCGCAUGCCCAUCACGCUCAAUCCCAACGUGGAUGUGGAGCGCAUCGAGCGCUCGGGCAAGUUCCGACGCUUCAUUGCGGGCGGCGAGAACUUUACGAUCAACGUCUCGCGCUACGGUGCGGAUGUGCGCCAGACCGUGUCGCGGCGCAUUGGGCCUGCGCGCAGUCUGGUGGAUGCGGUGGACCGCGAGCGCCAACGUACGCUGUCGACCAAGAUCCAGGAGCUGAGCGACAAGAAGAAGCAGCUCGAGGCGAGUACACGCGCACUGCUCAAGAGCGACCAGACGCUCAAGGCGGAGAAGGCGCGGUACGACGAGCGGCUAGAGGAGCUGCAGCGCGAGCGGCGCGACAAGGUGGGCGCGCAGAAGCAGUGGCAGCGCGAGCGUGCGCUCAUCGAGGCGCGUCGGCGCGAGUUGCGGGACAAGGAGCGCGAGCCCUCGCGCGAGGAGAAGCGCGCACGGCUCAUGAAGGAGGUGCGCGCGCUGGCGCAGCGGCGUGCGCACAAGGCGCAGGACCUGUGUGCGCAGGUGGUGCAGAUGAGCAAGGUGGGCGAUCGCAGGCAUGCGGCCUCGCUGAGCAAGUGGCAGUGGGACGCGUGCGGCGUGCUGAUCGAGAAUGCGCUGCGCGACGUGCACGAAGCAGAGCGCGAGGCAGCAUCAGCGUUGGAGCAAGCUCAGGCGGCGCAUGUGCGCGCACGCCGCGAGGCGGCCGACCUGCGCGCGCACGUCCAGCGUCUCAUCGACGAGGCCGGCGAUCUCGUUGCCGGCUUGGACCCCAACGAUGACGAGCUGCUCGACACCGAUCGGUGCAGUGCCGAACUGCGCGCCGAGCAGAGUAAGCUCGAUCUGGCCGAAGGCGUCCGACCGGAGGUCAUCGAGCAGUACCGUGCUCGGCAGCGCGAAAUCGCCUCGCUGACGGACGAGCUCGAGGCGUUGGGGGAGCUUCAGACGCAGACCACUGCGCGCAUCGCCUCGCUGCGUGCCAAAUGGGAGCCUCUGCUUCGACGCCUUGUGGGCCAAGUGUCUCGCCAAUUCUCCCGUGCUUUCGAUAGUAUGGGACUUGCGGGCGAGCUGCGCAUUGUCGAGGAUGUCGAUUUCGAAAAGUGGAAGCUGGAAAUCAUGGUCAAGUUCCGCAACGCCGAAGAGCUCGCUCCGCUCUCUGCGCAACACCAGUCCGGAGGCGAGAGGACGCUGAGUACGAUCAUGUACAUCAUGAGUCUGCUCCAGCUGUCUCGUUCGCCCUUCACACUGGUGGAUGAGAUUAACCAGGGUAUGGAUCCGACGGCGGAGAGGGUGACGCACAAUCACAUUGUGCAGCUGACCUGCCAGGAGCGGGCGAGCCAGUACUUUUUGAUCACGCCCAAACUGCUCCCGGACCUGGCGGUUCACCGGAGGCAAAAGGUGCUGCUGGUUAAUAACGGCGUGUAUGCUCAGAAGAGGUUUCAGCUCGGUCCGAUCUUGGAGGCUAGGAGGAGAGCCACAAGGGCGUGA